GUAAAUUAUAAUGAAUGUGAGACAAAAAUUUGGUUAGUCAACUCCACCUAACCAUGGAUCAUAAAACCAAUAUUCUUCAAUUAAUUAGGUAAGCAAAAUGCAUGAUAAUUUAGCCAUGUAGUUAAGACAUGUAAUAAAAUCAAGUGUAAAUACCUCAGAACAGUGGAUACUAUUCAACUAUUCCAAUGCCUCCACCUGCUAAUCCUCAAUUAAUUAGUCCAUAAUAUUAGGUUAUAAAUCCCUAACAUUAACAAUAUAUUCCAGAAUAAAAUUUUACUACUUACCACUAGAAUCUAUAAAAUAAUUAUUAACCAAUCUAUAAAGAAACUGCAGUUUUUGGAUAAGCUAAUAAUUAAAUAGGUUACGAUAGUGGCCCAGACAUCUAUAAAUCAGCAGAUACAUAUCAUUAGAGCCAUAAACAUUAUAAUUAUAAACAACCUUUUUAAGUGGAAAGCGUUAUCCUGCCUACUAGUGAAGUUAUAUAAUAAACAAAAGAGUAUUAAUACUCUUCAGUCAUUUUGAAAACAGGUGAACUUUCAAAUACAUAGACUUCAUAAAUAUUAGAGAACAUUAAAAUAAUUUCUAAUUCUUAGAUUAAAGAUAUGGAAAUAAGCUCAAAAACUCACAAUAUGAUUACAAUCUAAGAAAAGUCUAAUGAAUUUCUAAUUUAACCUUUUGAUGAAAGUUUGAAAAAGGAGAAACAGAAAAAUAAAUAAUUGGUAAUUAUUGUUGUUUAUCUUAGAUUAACUAGAAUCUAUUAGUAAUUUAAAACAAAAAUACAAACAUACCUAAUUUUGAGAGUUUAGAAAGGUUAUGUUAAAUGCAUGAAAAGCCAAUUGAAAAAAUAUGUGCUGAAGAGGAGUGCAAAGAAUUGAAUGAAAUAUUGUUGUGUUAAGAUUGUGCUAGAGAACAUAAAGGACACAAUCUAUUCGACAUUCCAGAAGCAUUAUUUUUAAUACUAAAAAAUUAAUAAAACCUAGAAAAAGACGAUUAAUUGAUACAAGUUAUUUAAUAAAAAGCUUAGGAAUAAUUUAAACAUAUAAAAUAAAUUAUCACUUGGUAAUUAACUCAAAUUGAAGAACAAUUGCAUAAUGGGAUUGAUAAUUUUAAAAAUUACCUUUUGGAGAAAAAGAGCGCCUAUCAAAAAGCCUUUGACGAUCUUAAAUAAGGAGGUAUAAGCAAGAUGACUGAAUAAGCAAAUUUGCUUUUUGAGUAAGGCUUAUUCAAAGAAAUCAAUUUAAAUUAAAAUGAAUAGGAAUAUCUUAAAUUAUCAGAUGAAUUAAAUAAGGUAAAAUAAUCCAUGCAUAAGUUCUUGUAAUUUUUUGAAGAGAACGAUUAAGAGCAUACAUUAAUCAAACUCAAUAAUGUAGAUUUAUAUGUUGAGAGUUAAAAAAUAGACGACCUCAAUUCGCUCUAUUAUUAAAUAAAAAUCGAUUCUUUACAUCAGAAAUUUACAAAUAUUCUAGAUUAAGAACUUCUACUAUUGUAAAAUAAUAAAGCUAUAAGAUUGAAAGAAAAUUAUUAGAAAAUUAAUCUAAAAUAAUAAGAGAACAUUUAAAUUGUUUCAUAUCAACAGAUUUGA